UUAAAUACAACUGAAGUUAUUAAAAAACUGUUCAAAUCAGUUGCGACUAAUUUCAGCUGAUUUCAUUUGCCAUCUUGUUUAUGCGCAUUCCUUAAAUGCAUAACAUACGUAUACGUACUUACAGUAAACAUACCUUAAAUCUAAAUUAUCUAAAUUCAUGUAAAAUUAUGGCCGCAGAAGAAGGUUUUGAACAGUUUGAAGACGAGGAAGCCGAAAUACCGAUUGGUGGAACUUUACCUGGCGGUAGGAAACGUUUGUUUUCAAAAGAAUUGCGAUGUAUGAUGUAUGGUUUUGGUGAUGAUCAAAAUCCGUAUACAGAAAGUGUCGAUUUAUUAGAAGAUCUAGUUAUUGAGUUCAUUACUGAAAUGACACAUAGAGCUAUGGAAAUUGGACGCACCGGUCGUGUUCAAGUAGAAGAUAUAGUAUUCUUAGUCAGGAAAGAUCCAAGAAAAUAUGCAAGAGUCAAAGAUCUCUUAACAAUGAAUGAAGAAUUAAAGAAAGCUAGAAAAGCAUUUGAUGAAGUUAAAUAUGCAGAAUAACAUCAUUCAGUCCUACUCCUUGGUAUGAAGAGCCACACAACCCUAAAGGAAUUUUAUGCGUGGAGAUAUAAUUGCGGAUGCGGGUUAAGCGUUGCAUGUGACCUACUAUGUGCUGCGGAAUACAAUCCUUCAAAAUGGAAACAUUGAAAACUGUGGGAUCUUCCUCAAUGUGUAAGAUUUCCUGUACUUGGUUGACUGCUACAGUCAACAAGUGUUCAUCAGAUGAGCACUGUCCAAAGUAUUUCUCAAACCAUUCGCCUCCCAUCAUGACAGUCAGUACCUGGAUUAUAACAAUUAUAAAUAUUUAAUUCCUACAGAUUUUUCUAAUUCAUUAAAUAGUCACAAAACAUCAUUUAAAUAUUAAAAUCCAUUUGAUAUUGUUACAAAGUACUUUUACAAUUUAGUAUAAAGAACCAAGAGGUUAAUAUAUAAAGUAUGGUAUGAUUUGUGGAAGCUUUAAAAAAAUAAACAGGUAAUAAAAAUUCCAAUUUCUACAUA